AAGUGAAAAACACAAAAAUAUGUGCUCGGAAACAAGUUCCCGGGUAUCAUUUUCGCAUGAUCUAGUCCAACCAACGACCGAACUAAAUGAAACUCGAAGGGACAGAACGAUGUUAGAGCCAUGUCUGGAUUUCGAGUUUGACAUUUGCAGCUUCGAGCAACAUUAUUCAUCGGCAGAUGAAUUGUUUGCAAAUGGAAUGAUACUUCCGAAAGUAGUCAAAGAACGUGAAGUCGCAGCGGUAGUUUCUCUUCCUCCACGGCCUAAACCGUCGACGACGGUCGAGGAUUCAAGGAAAGAAAUGGAGGAAAAGUCACGGUGCAAAUCAUUUUGGGGUUUCAAGAGAAGCAGCAGCCUCAACUGUGACAAAAACAAGAGCUCGAUCUGCUCUAUACCGCUGAUUUCCCGAAGCAAUUCGACCGGUUCGGUCCCCAAUCCGAAACGUUUGUUAAUAAAAGACGGUAACAAGCGUAGGAAUUCGAUGGCUUAUCAAUUUCCUCAAAAGCCUUCUUCGAAGAAAAACAAUGGGAAUUAUGCAUACGGCAACGGUGGUCGAAUCAGUCCAGCCUUGAACGUCCCACCGCCUUAUAUCUCGACAGGAACGGCGGUUCUCUUUGGUUUAGGUUCUUUGUUACGUAAUGGGAAAGUUAAGAAGAGCAAGAAAUGA